AUGGACCACUCAAAAUCUUUAUCUACGAGUUCCGAUACGCACGAGGAACAGGAAAUUGCGCUAUGCCACGAAAGUGAAACAAAAGAACUUGGGGAGGAGAAUGGGCUGCCCCCGAUGGAUGGCGGGUUUCAUGCAUGGAUGUUUUUAGCGGCUUCAACGAUGAUAGAAGCUCUGACAUGGGGCUUCGCAUUUGCUUUUGGGGUAUUCCAAAGCUAUUAUCGUGAUAAUGAACUAUUUGAAGACUCGGCCAUGGUGGCCGCCAUCGGCACGUGUGCAACUGGAGCAGCGUAUUUAUGUUGCCCGUGUGCAAUUGUUUGCAUGAUACUUCUUCCUCGUCUGGCUCGAUGGUUCUCGACAAUAGGACUGGUGAUAAUGUGUUUCUCGUUGGCCAUGGCAUCUUUUUCAUCAAAUGUUACGCAUCUCGUUCUUUCUCAGGGUAUUGGAUUCGGCAUCGGUGGCUGUAUAGCUUACAGCCCAUCGAUUUUGUUCAUGCCUGAAUGGUUCGACAAGAAGCGAGGACUCGCUUUCGGGAUCGUAUGGGCUGGAUCGGGGCUGUCCGGAAUACUCUUUCCAAUUGUUCUAGAGCGUCUCCUGGGACAGUUCGGAUUUCGCACAACGUUGAGAAUUUUAGCAGGAGUACUCUUCGUCCUACCACUCCCGUUUCUAUACUUUCACAAGCCCCGGCUUCCAAUUCAAAAAGGAGUAGCCCAUCGUCGGCUGACUACACGAUUUUUAUCCAACCGGGUGUUUGUCAUUUACCAGGUGGUCAACAUCUUCGAGGCGCUCGGGUUUUUCCUGCCCGGUAUCUAUCUUCCAUCAUUCGCACGAUAUAUCGGAUUCUCGGACUUCCUCUCCUCGCUCACCGUCACGACUUUGAACUUGGCAUCGAUAUUUGGCAGCAUCUCGAUGGGAUUUUUGUCGGAUCGCUGCAACGCACUGACCUGUGUCUCCAUAUCUACUAUUGGGACUGUGCUUUCUGUUUUUCUGCUCUGGGGAUUCUCUUCCCAGAUUCCGCUUCUACUAGUAUUUUGUGUCGCAUACGGAAUUUUCGCGGGUAGUUUCUCGGCGAUAUGGUCGGCGAUUAUUCGCGAGGUUCAAAAAGUGGACAAAUCUGCUGACGCGACUAUUAUAUUCUCGGCGAUCGCAUUCGGUCGAGGAAUUGGGAAUGUUGUCAGCGGUCCAUUCAGCGAAAUGCUACUCAAUGUAGAUAACUGGCAAGGACAUGCGCGGGGAGCAUAUGGUAGUGGAUUCGGACUGAUCAUUGUAUGUACAGGACUCACUUCUCUUAUGGGGGUUGUAUGUUGGAUUGCGCGUGCAUUUAAGUGUAUAUAA